AAACCCCAUUUCCCUGUCCUCUCCUCUCUAAAACCCAAAAAAUCAGUACUACCAUUUCCUCUGUUCCUUAAACCCUUAAAUUCGCCGACCAAACUUCGCUGAUGACAAAAUUAUCGAAGCUAAAUGUAUCGAACCCCAAAGUCUGGGUUGUGAUCGGCGUCGGUGUUGCCGGAAUAUUGAUCCUGGCUGAAGUUCAACGGCGACGAUUGAAAGCCAGAAACUCAAUCAAAGAAGAUUUUGGCGCGUUCAUUGAACGCGUUGAGCUGCUUCCGUUUCCUCAACCACCUCCUCCUGCUGCUCCACUUCCCCUUUCUGCCCUCACUUUUGCUAUCAAAGACAAUAUUGAUGUGAAGGAAUCUGUGACGGGUUUCGGUAGUCCGGAGUGGAAGCGGACACAUGAGGUGGCUACGAAGACAGCCAUGGUCGUGACUGCUCUUUUGAAGAAUGGUGCAACCUGUGUUGGAAAGACCAUCAUGGAUGAAUUUGGACUCGGGGUUACUGGAGAGAAUCUGCACUACGGUACUCCAACAAAUCCAAAAGUGCCAUCUCAUAUUUCAGGUGGCUCAUCCAGUGGUUCGGCUGUUGCUGUUGCAGCUGAACUAGUUGAUUUUGCUCUAGGUACUGAUACGACUGGGUGCAUUAGAGUACCAGCAGCAUUUUGUGGUGUCCUUGGGUUUAGACCGUCACAUGGGGCCAUAUCAACUAUUGGCAUCCUGCCUGUAUCGCAAAGUUUGGACAGUAUUGGAUGGUUGGCCCGUGAUCCAUCUGUGCUGCAUCGAGUUGGACAUGUUUUACUUCAGUUAGCAUCAGUUGAACCUAAGAGGACAAGAUGCUUUGUCAUAGCUGAUGAUCUUUUUCAGCUGUGUGAAGUACCAAAGCAGAAGACGGUGUAUGUUGUGAGCAAAGUAAUAGAAAAAUUAUCUGGAUACCAGACACCGAAACAUCUGAACCUUGGGCAGUAUAUUGCAUCAAAUGUACCCAGCUUGAAAGGUUUCCGUGAAGAAUCAACCAACCAGCAAAAUGGGAUGUCUAUCCUGACGGCUCUCUCUUCUGUGAUGUUUCUUCUUCAAAGAUAUGAGUUUAAAACAAAUUAUGAAGAAUGGAUGAAAGCGGUGAAACCGAGGUUAGGUUCUAAAGUCUCUGCUCAUGUUGCUGCAGCAAUGACCUCGACUCCUGAGAAUAUUAAAAUUCUUUACAAAGUUAGGACCGAGAUGCGAGUUGCUAUGCAGAAUCUUUUGAAGAACAAUAGCAUAUUGGUACUUCCGACGACCGCAGAUCCUCCUUCAAAAUUAAAGUCAAGGAAAGGUCUAUCGGCUGAAGUUCAUGAUAGACUAUUUGCCUUAUUGAGCAUUGCCAGUAUGUCAGGUUGCUGUCAGGCUUCCAUUCCUUUCGGAGAACAUGAUAACUAUCCUAUAUCCCUGUCAUUUAUUGCAUCUCACGGGACUGAUAAGUUUCUACUUGACACUGUCUUGGAUAUGUAUUCCUCUCUUCAAGAGGAAGUAAGCAUACAAUCCAGUGCAUCACCAUUACCGGAUACCAAUGGGAGCAUUGAUGCAUCUGAACUUUUGAAAGAAAAGGGAAAUGCUGCAUAUAAGGGCAAGCAGUGGAACAAAGCCGUGAGCUACUAUACAGAAGCAAUAAAAUUGAAUGAUAACGCCACAUACUAUUGCAACAGGGCAGCUGCUUACUUAGAAUUGGGAUGCUUUCAACAAGCUGAAGAGGACUGUACUAAAGCAAUUUCACUUGAUAAAAAGAAUGUAAAGGCUUAUUUGAGACGGGGAACCGCCAGGGAAUCGCUUCUCUUCUAUAAAGAGGCUCUACAAGAUUUCAGACAUGCACUCGUUCUGGAACCGCAGAAUAAGGUUGCCAGUCUGGCUCAAAAGAGACUCAGAAAGCUAAUUAGUUGAUCAAAAGUGGUAUAAGAUGAUGAGAGGGAAUACUCCUAGAGGAAGAUUAGCGGAUUGAUUUUUUGCUUCUUUCUUUACCGCUUGAGGCCGAGGAUAAUCUACAGGGACAAAUUUUCCUGAGAAUGCUUGGCUUGGAAACCAAGCUUCAAAAUAGAAGUGCAUGUAUUUUCUCAUGGAUAUAUCGUUUUCGUUGUCAAGUGUCCAAAUGUAAUUAAUUCAUCCAUUGGUGAAAAAUGGUGUUACCAUUGGCUAUAAAUUAUCUUGCUGCCCUUCCCCUGUCCAUUUGAUUAACAGAGUUUACAAGGAUAAACUUUGGAGCUGGGUUUAAACGUUGGAUGCAAAGACAUGGUAUUCUCAUGAUUCAAGAGAAAUGUGACUAUGUUGUCUACUUUUAUA